UUUUUAGCAUCCCUCUCCCGAGAGGCCGGGGCAGCCGGUUUCUCCCUCCAGCCGUGGAUCUCCCCGGCCAAAGCGCGUCCCCGGCGGGACCGGGUGCCCGCAUGCAGAAGAGGAUGGGCGAGGCGGUGGCCCGGGUGGCCAGGAAGGUGAACGACACGGUGGAGAACAAAACUGAUUCCCUUGAUCUGGCCAACUGCAAGCUGAUGACCUUCCCCGUCGGCAUCUACAAAGCCAUGAGGAGCGUCACCGAGGGGAUCCACCGCAUCUCCCUGGCAAACAACGAGCUGAAGUCCCUCACCGGCAGGUUCAUCACCACCUUCAGCCAGCUGAGAGAGCUCAACCUGGCAGGCAACUACCUGCACCGCCUGCCCGAGGAGGUCACCUCCCUGCUGCACCUCCGGGCCAUCAACCUCUCCCGCAACAGAUUUCGGCGCUUCCCCGAACCCCUGGCCGCUGUUGCCACCCUGGAGACCAUUGACCUGGAAGAAAAUGAGAUCACAGAGGUGCCGGUGGAGAAGCUGGCCUCCAUGGCAUCGCUGCGGAGCCUCAACCUGCGGGCGAACCCCGUCGGCCCCGAAGCGCGGCUGUUGGUCCGGCCCCUCGUCCCCUUCGACCUGCUGCUGUCACCGGAGGAGCCCGGCCCCGAAGCCUGAGAGGGUCUCGGGGUGCCCGCGCGGAGCCGGGCGAGCUCUCCCGUGGGGCGACUGCCCGCGAGAGUGGUUUGGCUUAGGUCAGUCCCUGCUACGUCGCUGUUUCUGUCCCAAAUCUGCAGCAAGGCAGCCAGUCCCUCUUAUUUUUUAUUUUUUUUUUCCCCUUAAGAAAAAGCAAGCAGCGGGGGCUCUUCCGCAAAGGGAUGGCUCUGCCAGCUCCCGAGCCGAGGAAUCUCUCGCUUUGUGUUUUGGGCAGGCGGAGGAGACGGGAUGCGUGUGCCAUGCGAGGUUUUGGGUAAAAUUGGGGGAGUUGGAUGUUUGGCUGCAUCUUUCCUGCCUGGUUGGUGAUGGGGAGCAGCUGGGACGGUGGGGGGCAUCCCUGUGGCAUAAGGGUUCCCCCUGGAAUUGCUGACAUCGCGGUGUGCUGAGUGCCUGAUUAAACGUUUUCCUGUUA